GUGGACCUUUGCCUUCACUCCUGUAGUUCAGGUUGCUGGAAAAAAUUUUGAAAUAUCCUUAAUAAUAAAAUCGCAAUUCUGUGUUUGCGAUUCUUGAGUUGAUUUCCUUUCACCAAUGGCGAGUCUUCCAAUUGUCCAAUUCGAAGAGAAGAUCAUGAAAACAGUGGAAGAGAAUCUGGUGGUGGUAAUAAUCGGGGAGACCGGCUCAGGUAAGAGCACCCAGCUCUCUCAGAUGCUGCAUCGGAGAGGUUACACCAAGUCUGGAAUCGUUGGCGUCACUCAGCCACGUCGGGUUGCUGCAGUCUCUGUUGCGAGGCGAGUUGCCCAGGAGCUUGGUGUUAAGCUGGGGGAGGAAGUGGGUUAUGCCAUUCGGUUUGAAGAUAGAACCUCAGAUUUAACACGAAUCAAAUACCUUACUGAUGGAGUCCUCCUCCGCGAAAGUCUUUCCAAUCCGGAGCUUAAUCAGUAUUCAGUGAUCAUAUUGGAUGAAGCCCAUGAGAGAAGUCUGAACACGGACAUUUUACUGGGACUAGUGAAACGCUUGGUUAAAUUACGGGCUUCAAAUUUAAAGGUUCUCAUUACGUCAGCAACUCUAGAUGGUGAAAAAGUAUCAGAAUUUUUUACAGGUUGCCCUGUACUGAAUGUCCCUGGAAAGUUGUACCCUGUGGAAAUAUUGUACAGCAAGGAGCGCCCUACAAACUACAUUGAGUCUUCUUUAAGAACAGCUAUUGAUAUACAUACUCGUCAACCUGAAGGUGACAUCUUGAUAUUCUUGACUGGACAGGAUGAUAUAGAGAAGUUAGUGUCAAAGCUGGAGGAUAGAGUUCAAAGCCUAGAGGAAGGGUCCUGUAUGGAUGCAAUUGUCCUUCCACUCCAUGGUUCCUUGCCACCUGAAAUGCAGGUUCGUGUAUUUACUCCACCACCUCCAAAUUGUAGGCGAUUUAUUGUUGCAACUAACAUUGCUGAAACUUCGUUGACGGUUGAUGGUGUUGUGUAUGUUAUUGAUUCUGGUUAUGUAAAGCAACGGCAAUACAAUCCAUCAACGGGCAUGUAUUCCCUCGAUGUUGUGCAAAUUAGCAAAGUGCAAGCCAAUCAGCGUGCAGGGCGAGCAGGAAGAACACGUCCUGGAAAGUGUUACCGGCUAUACCCUUCAAUGAUUUAUGAAGAUGAUUUCCUUGAUGUCACGGUUCCUGAGAUACAGCGAUCUUCGCUUGCUGGCAGUGUUCUUUACUUGAAAUCGUUGGAUCUCCCAGAUAUUGACAUUCUGAAAUUUGAUUUUCUUGAUCCCCCUUCAUAUGAGUCACUAACGGAUGCUUUAAAGCAACUAUAUCUAAUUGAUGCUAUUGAUGAAAAUGGAUCAAUCACUAGUGUUGGACGAACAAUGGCUGAACUUCCAUUAGAGCCAUCACUUUCAAGAACCUUAAUGGAGGCAAAUGAAAAUGGUUCCUUGUCCCAGGCAUUGACUGUGGCUGCUAUGUUAUCAGCAGAAACCUCAUUACUUCCUGGCCGCAGCAGCAGGAGUACUGAAAAGAAGCGGAAGCAUACUUCCUUGGAGUUUGACCUUCCAGAUGGUUCUGGUUUGGGGGAUCACAUCCAGUUGCUACAGAUUUAUGAGCAAUGGGAUCAAAAUGACUAUGAUAUUGGUUGGUGCAAAGAUAAUGGUUUGCAGGUGCGAGGAAUGAUAUUUGUCAAAGAUGUCCGGAAACAAUUGUGUCAGAUAAUGCAGAAAAUAGCAAAGGGAUCAUUAGAUGUACAAGCAGACAAAAGAUAUAAAAAAGGCCAACAGGAGUAUAAGAAUUUGAGGAAAGCCUUGUGUGUGGGCUAUGCAGAUAAACUUGCUGAGAGGAUGAUUCGACACAAUGGAUAUAGAACAAUAGGUUUCAAGCCUCAACUGGUUCAGGUGCAUCCAUCUUCUGUUCUGAGAACUGAUGAAUCCGGAAUGUUCCCAGACUUUGUUUUGUACCAUGAGCUUAUUGCUACCUCACGUCCAUACAUGCGCAAUGUGUGUGCUGUGGAGAAUUCUUGGGUUAAUUCCAUAUUGCAAAAGCUUAAGGAACUAGAUAUCAACAAACUGAGUGGGGGUCUUGGUCAAAAUGUCAGAGAUGGAACCGAAGGCAAGAUCUCAGACUUGCCAAAGAAAGAGGCUAAUGCUGCUGCUGGGGUUCCUGAUGAUCGUGAAAGUAGAAUUCAGGCGGCUAGGGAUCGAUUUCUUGCACGUAAAGUAAAGAAAUGAGACUGUUAUCAUCAACUCUUUAUCUAUAGUAUUGACAUUUCAAAUGGUGGAAUCACUUUCUCCCUGUUAGCUGGGUGAGGCUUGCAAAAUCAGUUUAGUGCCGGGAAUGCACUUGGCCUUGGAAUGUGAGGGUAAAGCAUGCUUGUGAAGCCAUGUGCAUACUUUUGGGCUUGAAGCAGGAUUUAUUCUCCCCAAGCAUACCGGCUUAUUGCAUACUAACGGUUCCAUUUGCUGUCUGUUGGGGCGGAGAUACUUGUUUGCAGCAAGAAUAUCUGACCGGAAUAUUCAUACUAUAACAAUGUAACAUGGUGAAAAAUCUAUAGGUUUUUGAGAUUUAGGAAAAAAACCCAAACUUAGAAAGUAGAGUGAUUUGACUGUAUUUGUUAACUGAUUUCUCUUGAGAAGCGAACAAACUCACGAGCGAGUCUCUUGUUUUUGGGAAUCGUUUGGAUAAGAAUUUGUUAAAUUUUGUUGUGGAUGCCAAGAAGCAGAGUUACGCUCUCCGAAGUAA